GCAAUCCUCCGUAUCUCUGUUUCUAUUUGCCAUCUUCACCACGGAAAACGAGCCUACGGCGGACUGGAGCCAUCAUCGACGGAGUACGAGUAACUUACUUGGAAUCAUGAUGCUUGGUAGCCUUGUGGAGUUCGGACAUUUUCCAUGCUGCUUGCCUUCAUGAUGCCUCUCAGGCGCGCUACAUUCACCGACAACAGAAUGCAAUCUUGACAUUUAAAGAGGUCUCAUCAUUACGUUGACAUAUUGGUGCAUAUGUGUCGCACUUCAGCAACAUAUGUUUUCUGAGAGCCCGGACAUCACACGAACCUCGUAAUGGGGCACGUAAGUAGGAGUUUAUCACCUUCAGAGUCAAUUACUCAUCGGACACCGACAGACUGUGUAAAGUCUCCUAUAUUACCAAAACUUUUCUACACCCGGGGCCAGCCCAUCUCUACGAGGCUGCAGAAUGUCAUCCCAAGCACCAGCAGAAUCUCCAUCUCGAGAGAGACAUGCGACCUCUAUAACUCGCUACUACAUUGACACUCGGCCCCUGGUGCCGCCUCCAUCGACACCCAAAUCCGAAAUAACCCAUCCCCUACUAUCAACUCUCCAAUAUGCCGAUGAAGAGGCCAUCACACGCUUCAUCCGCCCAGCCGAUCGCUUCAUGUCACUUGCCAGCGCACUCCUAAAGUAUACAUUCAUCCACCGGCGCGCAAAGGUGGCGUGGUCCCAGAUACGAAUCUCCCGGACUCCACACCCUCAUCGCCGGCCAUAUUGGGAGCCACCGACUAUCUGGACCAGUCCUGACCCAGACUCCAAGGGCUUGGAAUUCAAUGUCUCCCACCAAGCUGGCCUCGUCGCCCUCAUUGGCUCCACGACGCCAACAGUACAAGAACCCAACCCCUCGACUUCCAUAUCCGAAAUUACACCUAUCUCACCCACGCCACUGGACCAUUUCGAACACCAUGGUCUAAAGCACCAUCAUACGCCUAUCCUGCCAGCCGGUCAAGUCAGACUAGGCGUGGAUAUCGCAUGUACGAACGAGGAUAAGCGCACACCAACUUCGAAGACCCAGGCCGAGUUCGAAGAGUGGGUAGACAUCUUCGCAGAGAUGUUCUCCGACCGCGAACGGCAGGACAUGCGCGCGGCACCAAUCCAUGUACCCGUCGUCGAACGUGAGUAUGGGGAACCUUUCACUGACAGCGACGACUCGUCAGUCGAUGAAAGGGGUGCUGAGGCGAGACAGAUCGAGCAGAAAUUACGAAGGUUCUAUGCUUACUGGGCACUCAAAGAGGCUUACAUCAAGAUGGUAGGCGAGGGAUUGUUGGCCGACUGGUUGAGGGAACUCGAGUUUUUGCACGUCGUGGCUCCGCCUAUGCCGAAAGAGGCGAAAGUAAAACGAGGACCGAGUACCACCGGCGCCGUGCCGAAUGCACAAGCGCACAAUCACGCACAUUUGCACCCGGACGGCUAUCAGCACGAAAGUGAAAAGUGGACACCUCCGGAUAAGGCAGAGAGAGGGCUGACUACGCUCUUUCGUGGGAAUAAGGUUGAGGAUGUGGACAUCGAGCUCGUGGCAUAUGAUGAGGAUUUUAUCCUCGCUACAGCCACGAGAGGUGUUCAGGAGCUUGAAAUCGAGCCUCAGACCAGACGGUGGCUUAGGCUCGAUAUCGAAAGGGAUAUUCGACCUUGUGCGGAAGGGACAUGCGCCUGUUUGGACUGAUCACCGUCACACAGAAAUGGAGCAGCAUUUGC